AUGACAGAAACCUUCCUGAUUUGCAACACCGGAUCACACGCUGCCAUAUUAGGAAUCAAAUGGCUAGAGGCCCACAAUCCCAAAAUUGACUGGAACACGCGCACCCUCUCCUUUCCUCAUGCACCCCUGGAACACGUGGCCAUUGCUGAAGAAGAGGAAGCAGACAAAAACCCCCUUGAAGGAGUACCCUCCAAGUACCAUCAAUACCCUAAGGUAUUUGGAGAAGAAGAAUUCAAUAAGCUUCCUCCACACUGGCACUACAAUAUUGGCAUAGAACUUACAGAAGAAGGCCCAUUGAACUCUCCCCUUUACAGCAUGACCAAUGCCAAGUCCGCCACGCUCAAGGACUGGCUUAGGGAUGAACUCAAGGCUGGGAAGAUCUGUCCCAGCAAAUUGUCCAUCAGCUCUCCUGUCAUGUUUGUUCCCAAAAAGGAUGGAUCUUGCUGCCUUGUUGUUGAUUACCAUUGCCUGAAUAACCAGACUAAGAAAAAUGUGUACCCCUUGCCCCGUCCCAACAACCUCAUGGCCCAACUCUGUGGCACCAAGGUUUUCACUAAAUUGGAUCUACAAUGGGGUUACAACAACGUCUGGGUCAAAGAAGGCAAUGAAUGGAAAACGGCUUUCCGCACUAAGUACGGCCUAUACAAGUCCUUGGUAAUGACCUUUGGUUUGACAAACGCCCCUGCUUCCUUCCAACACUUCAUGAACAAUCUGUUCAAAGACCUGCUAGAUGUAUGCAUGAUUGUCAUGACCUUCAUUGGCAUGACAUGA